AUGUCUGCCGCCAUCAACAACCAUCUCCCUACACAGACCGAGACUAAGUCCUCAAAGAAGAAGCGUGCCAAGAAUGAGAUGUCCGCCAAUGUCUCCGUUUCUGAUCCUACGCCUUCGAACCCCGAUCUUGAUGCCAAAGCGGAGUCUAUUGUCAAUGGCGUCGAGGACGAGACUGGCAUAAUCAAGGAGCUUCAACGCAACCUGCGCAACGCCUCCAAGAAACUCAACGCCACAGCCAAGGUCGACAGCAUUCUCGCAGAGAACCCCGGCAAAUCACUUGACCAGCUCAUCGCCGAAAAGAAAAUUAAUGCCGACCAGAAAGCCCAGGCUUUGAAGAAACCCGCGCUCCAAGCACAGGUUGCACAAAUCGAGGAACAAAUUGCCCAGUACAAGCAGUUCGCCGCACAUUAUGAGGAGCGUCUGGUCAGCCAGAAGACUUCUUUGGAAACUGCACAUAAACAGGAACUCGACGCUGCUCGCGAGAAGGCCGAGGCUGAGGCCAAGGAAUCUCAAGAGGCGACCGUUCGUGCGCAGUUGUUGACCUUGAGUCAAUUCUUGCGCUCUGCAGCAUCUUUUAGACGUGCGGGUGAUGCCGAGUCAGCCGAAAGCCAGGCAUUCGAGGGCGUCUUGCUGCAGGUCUAUGGUGGUAACCAGGAUGCCGUUGCGUCUAUGUUGAAGUUGAUCCAUGGCGUUGAUGACAAGGUCACUGGAGUUGAUGGUCAGGUUUUGGAUGUGACCUACGCCAAGGUGAAGAGGCUUUCCAAGGAGCAGCCCGCACCCGCUGCAGAGGCCACCGUUGACGAGACUCACGCUGCGGAUUCCGGGGCCGUGACCGACCAAACCAUCGCUAAUGCUGGUUUGACUGAGCUUCAAGAUACGAGCGUGUCUGCCGCCGUGGAAACUGACCAGGCAACCCAAGCUACUGAACCUGUUGUUGCUCCUUCUCAGACUUCGGCAGAGUCCACCUGGGAACCCCAGGCAUCUGGUACUCUGACCACUGAUGAAUGGGUCGAGGUGACACAUCCAACUGAGAGCGAAGCCGAAUCACCAUCGACUGCAGCCGCAGCUCAGAGCUCUACUAGCUGGGCAGAGGAUGUUCCUACUGGUGCUGCCCCAGCUGCAGGUGAUGGAUUUGAGCAGGUGGUCCACCACCAGCGACAGGGUAGUGUGCGUGGACGUGGAGGUCGCGGUCGUGGCCGUGGUGAUGGAUUCCGAGGCCGCGGUGGACGAGGCGAAUUCCGUGGUCGAGGCCGUGGUGGACGCGGUGGUGAACGUGGUGAAUUGAAGGGCGGACGCGGUCGUGGUGGAGCUGCUGGCCAGCAGGGUAACCGCCGAGAAGCUGUUACAGCCAAUUAA